AUGAGUUUAUAAUAAUAAUUACAAUAAGCUUUUUUCGAAUAAUAAAUCUCUGGACAUUCUAUAUUUAUUAAACUUAAUGAUGGUGAAUUUGUGGCUAAGUCCUACUCAAUAGAAAAUAAUAAUGAAUAAAAGUAAUUCCGAAUCCUAAUUAGUUUUUAUGAAUGGAUUCAGCAAAUAGAUGGAUAUUAAGAGUUCUUCUCUCAAUAUAACGGCGUUGUUAUCCUUGAGAAAAAUCAGCAACUAUCAAUUUAGCAAAAAAUCAACUCUUAAUAGCAAUGGUUAAAUUCUCUUAUUUCUAAGAGAUAUAAUCCAAAUAAUACUAGUAUACACAAUCACUUAUAUAGAAUAUUUGUUAUUAGAAAACCUGAUUUAAAAUUCAUAGAACUUGAGAAUUCUGGACUUAAAAUUAGGUUACUCAGUUCACAAAUAGUCGCAUAUAUAGCGUUAUUAAAAUUCAACCUCCUCUAAAAUAGGGUUAAGGAUUUGUGGAAUGAAGAUACAAGAAAAUAACGAAUUAGUUAUAUUUAAGGAUAAGCAUUGGGGUAGAACCAUUUCUGUAGAGGAAUUAAUUGAGUCACUAAAGACAUUUUUUAGUCUCAAAAAUAGAAAUAGUAAGUUAAGUUUUAAAUUUAGAAAUCUUGAAAGAAGCCUUAGAUAAGAUAGAAUCAUUAAAGCAAUUCAUUACUAAUCAUUGUAAGUAAGUAAUCUCUUGGUAAGGCACAAGUUUGUUGUUGAUUUAUGGUGAUGAGAAUGAUUUUAAAAUUAAACUGAUUGACUUUUCAAAUACUAAGGUGGACCCGGAAUCUACUGUAAUUAAUACAGAGAUUAUCAAAGCCUUAAACAGUCUGUAGGAUAUAAUCAUACAAAUUUGA